AUGCCAGAACAUUACCACAACUCGAUUCGCGCCGAGGUGUGCGCGCCGACCGUCAUCAAUAACGCCGGGGUGGUGCAGGGGCGAACGCUGCUUGACACGAGCGAGCGCGACAUCCGCUUCACCUUUGACGUCAACACGUUCACGUACUACUAG